CAUGCCAGCUUCUCUUAUAUCUUGACGGUAAAUGUUCAAAAGCACGUCCAAAUGGUGUGGUAUAACUAGGUAAGCCUGGUAUAUGCAACCAAAUGGAACAUUGAAGACACACUGAGAAUUAGAGAUGUCAACAAAAUCUAUCAAGCAAAUUUACUUGAAUUGGGCAAACAAACAAAAUGACGUAAGAGAAUGCAUCAGCAACUCUUGCCUGGCUAUCUGUAGAUGUUGUAUGUACGUAAAUACACAUAAAGAAAUUAAACAAUCUAUCAAGUUAGAUCUGUCCAUAUGGAUUCCAUUUCUUGUGGAUCAAAUUCCAAAAUGAUCUUUCUUUCCCAUUUUUUAUAUUAUUAGUUUCUUUAACAAGCAUUUGUGUAACAACUCCUAUAAGUAGGGGUAGUAUAGUGUAUUACUACUACUCAAGCAACUCAAGAACACACCAAUCAAUCUCUCAGUCUCACACUCUCUUUUUCAUCCUAUUUCAAUCUAAACACGAGUCUCUACCACUUCAUUCUAUAUAAAUUUUCAAGAUCUAAAAUGGGUUCUGAAGCUAUUACUGAUAAUCAGCAACUUCAUGCAUUUCUGUUCCCAGUCAUGGCUCAGGGUCAUAUGAUUCCAACGGUUGAUAUUGCAAGACUAUUUGCUGCCCGUGGUCUUAAAUCUACUAUAAUAUGUACUCCUCUUAAUGCAACCUCUAUCUCUAAAACAACAGAAAGAGACCGAUCAUCCGGUCUCGAUAUCAAUGUUCAAACCAUCCCGUUCCCUGCUGCCGAAGUAGGAUUGCCACAAGGAAUUGAGAGUAUGGAUAAGGUCACUUCAACUGAGAUGAUUCCCAAAUUUCUCAGUGCUAUUGCAUUGCUUCAACAACCAUUUGAGCAGCUUCUGGAAGAACACCGCCCAGAUUUUGUCAUCGCGGGCAUGUUCUUACCAUGGACAACUGAGUCCGCAGCUAAGUUUGGCAUUCCACGAAUUUGUUUUCAUGGUACAAGCUUCUUUUCUCACAGCGUCAUGGAGAGCUUGGAACUUUACAAGCCUUACGAGGCAAUCAGUGUCGAUGCUGACCCAGAUUCCUCAUUUGUGAUCCCGGGUCUUCCCGACAAGAUAGAGAUGACCAUGUCACAACUACCAGACCAUUUAAGAGGUAAAAAUGUGUUCGCUGACAUGAUGGAAAAAACAAGAGAAUCCGAGAUAAAUAGCUACGGAGUCUUGGUUAACAGUUUCUACGAGUUGGAGCCAGCUUACGCCGAGCAUUACAGAAAUACAUUGGGAAGAAAAACAUGGCAUAUUGGCCCUGUUUCGCUUCGAAAUACAAAUGCUAUAGAUAAAGCUCAAAGAGGAAAGAAAUCUACCAUUGAUGAACAUUAUGUUUUGAACUGGCUGAACUCGAAGGAACAGAACUCAGUUCUUUACGUUUCUUUCGGGAGUGUAUCACGCGUUAGCAACAAUCAGUUGCUAGAACUAGCAAUGGGUCUUGAAAAUUCAGGAUAUUCCUUCAUUUGGGUUGUGAGGCAAAUAAAAACCGAUGACGAAGAGAGUUUCUUACCAAAAGAUUUUGAGGAGAGAAUCGAAGGAACGGGUCUCAUAAUCAGAGACUGGGCACCACAAGUACUUAUUCUCGACCAUCCAGCGGUUGGCGGAUUUAUGACUCAUUGUGGAUGGAAUUCUAUAUUAGAAGGUAUAUGUGCUGGGGUUCCGAUGAUAACUUGGCCUAUGUUUGCUGAACAGUUCUAUAACGAGAAGUUUGUCACUCAAGUGAUCAAGACUGGAGUUCCGUUAGGAGCAAAAGAGUACAGCAUGUGGAUAGAUGCGAAAAAUGUGUCAUUGGUGAAGAAGGAGACAAUAGCGAUGGUGGUCUCUCAGCUGAUGGGUGAUGGAGAAGAAGCCAAAGAAAUGCAACAACGAGCCAAAGAAAUCGGUGAGAUGACCAAGAUGUCUGUGGAAGAAGGCGGUUCAUCGUAUGCCGACUUGACUACUUUGAUUGAAGAAAUGAAAGUCUAUACCAAGAAAUAAACCAACAUUAACAUGUGUGGAUCAGAAUUCUUAAUGGGUACUGAUGCUGUUGGUGUUUAUGCAUGUUUUCUUUUUGUUGUUGCAAGAUUUCAAGCUAUAUUCAAUGGCAUUUGAACGAAUAUAAGUAAAACAAAA